GGAUUGUGUUUUGUAAUAUAUCGCCACGAAGUCGACGAGCUGCACACGAUUUUGGAGCCAUAUUUUGAGGAAUUGUUGAAAACUCCCGAAAUGACAAUGCAAGUUUUGAAGAAAAUCUCAACUUUCAGACGCUUACCGACAAUAAUCAUGACAAUAGUCACCACCGGCAUGAUUUCUUAUGCGAUUAGUGAAAAAUUUCGAGAAGCCAUUUACGCAUCACGGUGGGUCGGUAAUACACGAUUAAAGUCUUCAAUAAUAAUAAUGCUUUCCCAAAAGCCCCUCAUUUUAACUGCGUGUAAUUUGUUGUAUGUCACAAUAGACAUGUUCGUAAAAGUGAGUAUACUUUUGAUAAUUGAAUGUAAUUUAAUUAUGAAAAAAAAAAUGACAAAUUGGUUGCAAACACGACUAUAUCUUAUUAUUUAUUAUUAAAAACAUUCGAA